AUGACGGUGGUUAGAGAAUACGACCCGAGCAGAGACUUAGCCGGUGUAGAGAACGUGGAGCAACGUUGCGAGGUCGGUCCAAGCGGCAAGCUUUCGCUCUUCACCGACCUUUUGGGUGACCCUAUUUGUAGGAUCCGACAUUCACCUUCUUUUCUUAUGCUGGUGGCUGAGAUGGGUACGGAGAAGAAGGAGAUAGUGGGCAUGAUUAGAGGUUGUAUCAAAACCGUUACAUGUGGCAAAAAAUUACUAGAUUUAAAUCACAAGUCUCAAAACGACACCGUUAAACCACUUUACACUAAACUCGCCUACGUUUUGGGCCUCCGUGUCUCUCCUUCUCACAGGAGGCAAGGGAUAGCGUUUAAACUCGUGAAGAUGAUGGAAGCAUGGUUCGUGAAGAACGGUGCAGAAUAUUCGUAUAUAGCAACUGAAAGCGAAAACAAAGCUUCCGUUAAUCUUUUCACCGAAAAAUGCGGUUACUCCGAGUUCCGUAAACCGUCGAUUUUGGUUAACCCGGUUUACGCUCACAAAGUCGACGUCUCACGUCGUGUCACAGUUAUUAAAUUGGACCCGGUCGAUGCAGAGUCGUUGUACCGACUCCGGUUUAGCACAACCGAGUUUUUCCCGCGAGAUAUUGAUUCGGUGCUUAAUAACAAACUCUCUCUAGGGACUUUCGUCGCGGUGCCACGUGGAAGCUGCUACGGAUCCGGGUCUGGAUCAUGGCCCGGUUCGGCUAAGUUCCUUGAGUAUCCACCAGAGUCAUGGGCUGUGUUGAGCGUUUGGAACUGCAAAGACUCGUUUAGGUUAGAGGUUCGUGGUGCGUCGCGGUUAAGGCGUGCCGUGGCUAAAACGACACGCGUGGUUGAUAAAAUGCUGCCGUUUUUGAAUCUUCCUUCGAUACCUUCUGUUUUUAAACCGUUUGGGCUUCAUUUUAUGUAUGGGAUUGGAGGGGAAGGUCCACGUGCGGCGAAGAUGGUGAAGUCUCUGUGCGGACACGCUCACAAUCUUGCCAAGAAAGGGGGUUGCGGCGUUUUGGCGACAGAAGUCGCUGGAGAGGAGCCGUUGCGGCGAGGGAUACCACACUGGAAAGUGUUAUCGUGCGAAGAGGAUCUUUGGUGCAUCAAACGACUUGGAGAAGACUACAGUGACGGCGCUCUUGGUGAUUGGACCAAAUCACCACCUGGCGCUUCUAUUUUUGUGGACCCUAGGGAGUUUUAA